AUGGUCCUCCUACGCUUCGCGCCUUCACCCACCGGUGCUAUCCACCUCGGUGGCCUCCGAACGGCUUUGUACAACUAUCUCUACGCUCGGAAGUUGGGUGGACGAUGGAUCCUCAGAAUCGAAGACACGGACGCGACGCGUGCGGUGCCAGGUGCAGUCGAAGGAAUUCGUGAAGCAUUGGAUUGGGCUGGACUGGAGUACGACUACGGUCCGGGAAAGCAGGGACCUCAUGCUCCGUAUUAUCAGUCUGGGCAUGCAUACCGCUGCUUCUGCUCUCCGGAUAACCUAGCGACAAAACGUGAAAAGCUUGCACGCUCCGGGUCAAGCUCUACCUACGACAAAGCCUGCCUCAAUCUCACAGAGGAAGAAGUGGCGAGACGGAUGCGUGCGGGGGAAAAGUCUAUAGUGCGACUGAACGAUGGUCGACUGCCAACUCGGCCUAGUCCCUCUGACUUGAUCUUCAAGCACCUUCGCGACGCACAUGCCUCUCUCCCGACUGACCCAGUUCUGCUCAAGUCCGAUCUAUUCCCAACGUACCAUCUUGCAUCCGUAGUGGACGACCAUGAGAUGGGCAUCACGCACGUCCUAAGGGGAGAGGCUAGUAAUGAAUGGCUGCCGUCGUUACCAUUGCAUCUAGAUUUAUACGCGGCCUUGAAAUUAGAGCCGCCGCAAUUCGCACACCUCCCGCUAUUACUCAACCCCGAUGGGUCGAAAAUGUCGAAACGGAAGGGCGACGUUCAAGUAAUGGACUACAAGAGACGUGGAUGGGAACCUGCCGCUAUCCUGAACUGGCUAGCCCUGGCGGGGUGGGGGGCAGCACAUGACUCCGCGUCCGAGGUCAACUCCUCACCCAAAAAGCAGCCGCCAGACAGCACCACCGUACUGACGCUGGACGAGAUGGUUCGCGAGUUCGAUCUCACUCAGCUGACGCAUAGACGGUCAAUACUGGACCCGGUCAAGCUCGAAUACCUCAACAAGCACCAUCUCAUGCAGACGAUAACGACCUCGGAAGGGUUAACUGAGCUCGCCGAGCGUGUCCACACGCACGUCAAGGAAGCCUACCCACACAGUCCGCAUACAUCAGUGGAAUACAUCAAAGAUGUCAUUGCGGUGAUGCAGAGCCGCCUGCUUUGCUUGACUGACCUUCCGGCACAGGGGUCAUACAUGUUCGUAGACCCUGACUAUUCAACGGACGAAGCGCGGCGCAUGCAAAAGGCCUUCCCGCCCGAAGUAUAUGACAAGGUUUUGCUCGAUCUCAAGGACGUUUUGGCGAACACGGAUGACCAGUGGAGCGAGCCAGCCCUGUCGACCAUCGUCCACGACCGAAUGCGGAAUUCUGGUCUCAAGCCGAAGCAAUACAUGACAAUUCUUCGGCACGUAUUGACUGCAUCGACUGCGGGCCCGGGUGUCGUGUCCGUCAUGCAUGUGCUCGGGCGCGAGAGGACGCUAGAACGACUGCACAAGGCGCGCUCAACUUUAGCUUCGGCUUCGACGUAA